GGCAUACAUGCUGAGCAAGAGGAAGAGCCCUUCAUUAUCCCAGUCAGUGUGGACCUGAGAGGAGGAGGAGCUGCUGUUUGACCUUCUGGGAAGGAUGAAUCAAGACUCAGGCUCUUCACUUUCCAGAAUGUUUACUGGGUAUGGUGAUCCUGAGAAUACUGAAGUGUAUGAGGACGAACUUUAUCCUGAGGAGUCAUCCAGUGAGCAGAGUGUUGAUAGUGAGGUGGAGUUUCAUCUCUAUAGCCAGAUCCACUAUUCCCAUGAUCUUGGAGAAAACAGUACAGUGGAAAUGGAUGAAGAAGCUGAUGUUGGAGAAGUCAUGGGUCAAAGUUCAGGUCUCACUGAGAAACAGGAGGAAGAUGAGAAGACAUCUCAUCAACUCACUGAAGAUGGUACUCAGCUUUCAGAUGAGCCUGAGGUCAUUGUUCUGUCCGAUACACCAGAUGAAGAUAGCAUCUACAAAAGCAAGGCAAAGAGGUCAAGAUGCUCUUCAGCUAAAGGUAAAACACGCAUCCUCCCAGUAUCUUCCACACCAAAUCACACCAAAGCUGCCAGAUGUAAAGCCCCGUGUCCCCCUGCGUCUGGUGUGGGCACACCAAGGCAGAGAAACAGCACUAGUGGGAGGCCCACCCCAGUCGGUUCUGCUGGACCUCAAGCCAUCCAGGAAGUGUUGGUGAUAGACAACAGCUCGGAGGAGGAGGAGAGCUUGAUCUCUGACACUGAUGACAUUGAAAGCUGGAUGCUCCUGGGAGCUGGUGCUGAUGACACGGAUGGAGAUAUCAUGUUGAACCUGGAGGGCUAUGCCACCCCUGUCAGCGAAGGAGAAACUGAUGUGGACUGGUCCAUCUCUCAUAAAGACUUAGAGGCACAGAUCUCCAACUAUGCGGGCGUGAGGCACAGCGGCAUGCGCUACUACUCAGCUGACAAAAACAUUACUUGUAGGAACUGCGACAGACCAGGGCAUUUGUCCAAGAACUGUCCCACUCCAAAGAAAGUUCCCCCGUGCUGUCUGUGUGCGGGAAGAGACCAUCUGCAGCACAGCUGCCCAGCACGUUUCUGUCUGAACUGCUGCUUGCCCGGGCACUAUUUCAAGGAAUGCCUGGAGAAAGCCUAUUGGAACAAGCACUGCAACCGCUGCGACAUGAAGGGCCACUAUGCUGAUGCUUGCCCAGAAAUAUGGAGGCAGUAUCACCUAACAACAAAGCCAGGACCCAUCAAGGCAGCUGGUUCCCACUCGGAGCGCUCGGUGUCCGUGUACUGCUACAACUGCUCCCGCAAAGGACACCUGGGAUACGAGUGCUCAGAGAAGCGGAUGCGGGGAAACAUGUUCCCCACUUCUCCCUUCGUCUACUACUACGACGACGAAUGCGACAUCAAGAGGAGAGCCAACAGGUUAAAAAGAAAGAUGGCAGACCUGCAGGAAGCUGGCCUUCUGCCAGAGCAGUCUGAAACACCGUUGCAGGAAGAACAGCUUGAGGUACCCAGCCACAAGAAAAAGAGAAAACUUUGGAAAGAACAACAGGGGAAGAAAAGCAAGAACAGUGAGCAGCUAAAGAAGAUGAAGGUGUCCCAGGCAAAGAAAUCCCAGCAGGAGAAGCACAGGAGGGGUGUCAAGAUCCACUGUGAGCCAGAGGACUUCCCUCGGGGGUACAAGCAGAAGGGGUGCAAGGGCAGCAGGGUCUGCCACAAGUCCCUUUUGCAGGCAUUCUCAGGCAGCAAGGCCAUGUGUGUGCAGCAGCCUCUAGAAGGUGCCAAAAAGAAGAAGAAAUGGAAAAAGCAGAAAAAUGCUGGUCCUGACAGCAGGGACAAUCUAUUCCUUAUAAAGCAGAGAAAGAAGAAGUCCAAACAGAAAUCCUGGUGAUGGCAGAUACCACUGGCAUUCUAUGGCUCUGGCUCUGCCUUCUCUUUAUUCCUGUCCCUCUCUUAGCACCUGAAUUUGAGUCUGUCCCUGACCCAGCAUGCUGGGCACCCACCAUGUCCAUCUCCACGGCCAGAGGGGAUCACUCCACCUCUGACCUGUCCCCAUGGCAAGCAGGACCCGGUGCUCCUGAGCAGGGGGGUCUCAGAAAUGCUGUAUGUUUAAUUUCUUUGCUUGGGGGUGUGGGGGCACGCUGGGUUUGGCAGGGUUUGUUUCUUCACCAGUGAGAUGUGGCUGUGCUGUUGGAGCACAGCACCUUUGGGGCCGCUGCCAGGGAGACUUGGGCCAGGGGAUUCGGGGUGGGAAGCAGGAACACAGCUACAAAGCACAUCCCCCCGGCCACCUGAGUGCCAUGGGCACCUCCCUCCCCGUGAAGGGGCAGCUAAGUCUCUGCUUUACGCUCCAGGAUGCAGCAGUCACCCACCUGGCUCUCCAGAGCAGUGCCAUCCAUCCACUGCCCUCAGGGCUCAGCUCCACCCCUGUCCUUGCCAGCAGGGCAGCAGAGCAGGAGAGAGCAGCUGGGCCUGGAGCAGAGUUUACAUCUCACAUCUCACACUAAAUCUGACCUUGUUCCUUUUGAUGUGGAGGCUGUUUCUGGAGAAAAAGAAAUGGAGUAUAAAGAACGUACUUGGUUCCAGUCACACUGUGCUAAAAUUCAGUUUUUUUUUAAAGACAGUUAUUUUUGUACACUGGAAUUCAGCAUGUUGUUUUAAGGUUUUUAAGAAUAAAAUGCUUUAUCAAAGGACUAACACAAAUAAAACUUUACAUGAGAAAUAUUAAA